AUGCCAGAGACUAAGCCUUUCCGUUUUGUCUUCGAUCACAGCAUGGAAUCCGAACAGUUAGACGCUGCCGGCCGUAAGAGGAAAGGGACUCCUCUUCCAACGUGCACGCCUGAGCGCAAUGCGAAGAAGCGCCAGUACGAACGAUGGGGUAACGAGGGAGCAUCUGUCUUGAAGUCGCCUCCCACGGUGGCAGUUAAGGAGGAGCCCAACUUCCCACAGCGUUCCAAUGCUGAACAAUCAUCACAAACUGAGGGAUGCGGUUCGCAGGCGGAAUCCUCUCCGCAGGACGCGGAAAACCCCAGCUGCACGCCCGCCGACCCUACGGCCGCUCCGACGGUCGAUGAGCUCAACGUCUCCCUGAACUUGCUGCUGCAGUUUCCUCCCGAUCACCAACUCUACGGCGCAGCCAUACAAGUUCUCGCCGAGCGACAUAUGAAGAGGCUUCUCGAGAGCUCGCUCCCCGUUGAGAAGAUCACCAAGUGGCUGAGCAAGCAACUUCGAAAGAACGGUAUCGGCAAGGCCACGGAUCGAAGGCAGAUUUACAAGGCACUGCGCGACUACGAAUCUCCGCGCCUCACGGGGUGGCUGAAGUCUACCAUUCCGGAUGAAGGGCUUCUCGGAAGCAUUUGCAAGGAGGUGCUGGAUAGCCUAGGCAGCCAUACAAAAUCGAGGAAGAAGAGAAAGCGAAGUGAAGGUAUGCUAUACAAUGCGCUUGCACCUUCGGGUCUGUCCGCUAACGAUGUCCCAGCAGAUUCAGUCUCGUCGGAAGCCAGUGGCGAAGCAGACUCUGGUAAGCAGCAGUACGCAUACCGCGAGUCAUCGGGCUGUCUCGCAUCGGCUUUAUGUCUUCGGCAAGCUGACCAUACGGCAGACUUUGAUCGGGAGUACUUUCUAUCAAGCGGACCUUCAGAGCGGACGAGACUAGUGAAGAAAUAUUUCCGCGAGGCCCGGGACUUGUUCAGCCAUCAUGCAUUGCGCCAUAUCAUCUGGUCCAUGGACUCGUUGUCUGAUCUUGACGAGGAAAAUACUCGCUUACUGGUCGAAUCGUCUUGGGAAGAAAUGGCCGGCGACGAUCAGACUCGCUGGGGGCGAUUGCUUUCCGCUGUCAUCUCCAAAGACAACGCCGGUUUAUGUGACGACGAGGCAACCACUAUACUCAAUCAGCAAGGCUUCUUGGCCCACCUCGUCACACGUUUAGGCAAGAGACCUGUCCAGCGACCACUAGCGGCAUCCUGUCCGUCGCGUACAUGUCAACCGGCGCACAGUAACGCCUCGCCUGAGCAACCCACCGAGGACGCCGGUCUACGGUCUUGCAACUCUGACAGGAAGCUCACUUCUAAGCAAGAGGCUGCAUUGAGCCAACCACAGGACACAACGUCCUCCGCCUCCACGACGCUGAUACCGUUCGUCACUUGGCCGCCAGUGCCGGGAACGUUCACAUUUCUCCUUCCUAUCAGCGGGCCCGGAUGCCCCAUCGCUGAUCCCUUCCCUGCAGAAGCGGAAGCCGCCUGUAAACUUGCUUUCGGUCCGAAGCACGCUCAAGGCAGCGUGUCUCAACUCAGUCCGCACGUAUGGAUUGCACGAGUCGCAGUCACCAGGUUGACUGAAAUCUCGGACACGCUCAACACCGCCCUAUGGAUCCGGGGCUUUCGUUUCCAGCCAGAGCGCCUUCCUAUCGCUCCACCGCGUGUGUUCGAGGCCGACUUCUCUGAAAUGAAUGGUAUGCCCUCGUCUUGGAUACCCAAGCUCGUUCUUGACGCUUUCGAGAACGCCGGAGAGCUCCCAGAAAUCCGAGAAGAACAACGAUCGAGGUCCCUUCGGCGACGAUUCGUCUUAUAUUUUCAGCAUUCUCCCAGACUGUUUCGUUUCUACAUGUGCAUCGUACUGCCGAUGGCUCUCGGCGCCGAGGGCCGCGAGUUUGUCGCUACUUUCAAACCAAGAGAUGUCCAUGUGCCAUGCUGGCUGUGUGCGAAAUACCACUCAGAAGCAAUAUGCCGCUACUCCAAGUUUGUGCCAUACACCACUUGA